AUGAAAGGAAAGGGCAGAGUGCAUAUGGCGAUCGCGGGCAAGGUGGAGAAACCGACAAAGGCAAUCGUAGGGGUGACAAGACCUAUACUGGCUAGCGGUGAUGGCCUACGAUCAAAGGCAGCUUCAGAGCGAGAUGAUGCAAACAUGAGGAAUGAACCGGGACGAACGGCGAAAAAGACAAAGACGAGCUUGAAGAAGGAGAAUUGGAGGCAGGAACUUGAAGGAAGGAAGUUUGGCCGGCAGAGAGCAGGCGUUUCUCGUGUGCAGAAGUCAGGUAUUGACCCAGCCCAGCUGAAGCUGGAGUUUGCCUCGGAGAUGAAGGAGCAGGAAACUCGUAAGGACAUUCGAAAGGAAUAA